AUGCUUGAGGCUUUCAUAGAGUUGCAGCAUCUGAGCUGGGUGUUCGCUGCCGGAGCGAUGCAGGCGUAUAAAGGCAGAGCUGGGUCUUCCCCCAGGGCUCAGUCUGGGACAGCCCCGGCAGUUUUUGGCUGCCACAUGGAAGAUCACACCAAGCACGUCCAGCCCAUCCCGCUCCCGGCCAUGCAGCGGAACUUGAACUAUGUGUACCCCCAGAUCUUUUGGGUGGACGGCUGUGCCAACACAAGUACUUCCUGCCCCCCGGCGCCCCCCGGCACUCCUUUCCCACCACCGGUGCCUGACCGGAGGAGAAAGCCAAGGGAUAACAACAGGGAAAGGAGGAGCGUCGGCUUCCUGGUGAUCUCCUUGCUGAUCCUGCUGGCCCUCACUGGAGUGGGGCUGAGCAUGUUUCAGAUUUUCCACCUGGAGAAGCAACUGGCUGAACUUAGAGAGUCCACCAGCACUGAACACAUCCCUCCAGCUUUGGAGAAACUCAUAGGGCAGAAGGAGCAGUCAAUGAAAAAGGAAGCGAGGAAGGCGGCGCACUUAACAGGGAACCCUGCCCAGCAGGACCUCCCUUUGGAGUGGGAACCCAUCUCCGGCCAUGCCUUCACCAAUGGCAUCCAGUACCGCGAUCAAGGCCUGGUCAUCAAUGAGACUGGCCUGUACUUCGUGUACUCCAAUGUGCUCUUCCGUGGCAGCGUCUGCAGCAGCCAGGUGUUGACGCAUAUCGUCUACAAGAAAAACCCCACCUCACCGGGGAGCUACGUGCUGAUGGAGGACAAAUGCAUCAACUACUGUACGAGUCAGAAAACGUGGGCCCGGAAAAGCUACCUGGGGGCUUUAUUCCAGCUCAGGAAGAUGGACAGUUUGCAUGUCAACGUCUCCAAAAUUGCUCUGGUUAAUUUUGAGGAAUCCAAGACCUUCUUUGGCUUAUUUAAGCUUUAAAUGGAGCUGCUUAGAAUGUGGCCAGCAGCCCUGCACACACACACUAUGUGUACGUGAAGGGUGAGAGCUGCCUAAGUGGCAGUGGCCAAGCCAGGGUCUUGUACCAUGAAGCCCACCAAGAAACCAUGUUUUGGCCUUCAGCGAGAGAGGGCUCAAGCAACUGGUAAAGGCUUCAAAGCGGACCUCUGGGAAGCACCAGGGCUGUUCUGCAUCAACCUGAAGAGAACGGCACAAUUUCCCCCUCCAAAAAAACCCAACAAACUCAAAACGUAGUGUGCCGAAGAUCCCAUUGAAACUCACUACUUGCUACCUGAGAAGACGCUGGUGCCAGGGGCAUGGUGUCACAGCCCUGGUGAGCUUGGGCCAGCAGGUGUGCGGGGACAGCUGGCAGGUGUGGAGGAGGCUCCUCGAGCCAGGCCUGCGGGUGUCUGAGCCGUGCCACGCCAUGCCACAGGCAGUGAUGUGCGAACAAGAAGCAAGGAGACCUCAGCUACCCGCCCCAAGCCAUGGCCAGGCACAUGCCUGGGCACAGGCACUGGCCCACGAGCUGGUGAUAUGUUUAUUUUGCGUUAAGUUAUCAACUGUUCCCAUCCCUGAAAAUGUCCCCCAGUCCCUUUAUUUAACUCAUCCUGACUGCCUUGCAAGGAAUAUGCCAGAAGCAGCAAUGCCCUGAAAAGGGGGUCCUGACCCUGGAGAGAAACCACGACCGUGCCGUGGUUGUGGGGUUGGUGGGAAGGCCACGUGUUCUGCUGACAGGACCUGAACAACAAGGCGAUGGAGGAAGUGGGGCCUGAGAUGAAAGCAGCGUCUCCAAUUCCCUUCCUGCCCUUUUGACACAUCAAGGUCCCCCAUGGAGACCUGGUCCUCCCACUCCCUGCAUGGUGCAGGCGGGCGUGUGCUGGCCACCAUCAACGAUAUGGCUUCAGCUGCCCCCGUUGUCAUGGGAUAUUUUAUGAGCAAAACACAGAUGGUAAA